UCUAUAUAUAAUUCAGUUCACUGAAGCUUAAAACUCAAGUUGGUGCCACGCAUACAGUAAUAAUGUUAUCUUAUAAAAUUCAAUAUACUAUAAUAAUAUGGUUAUUAAAUUGCAGUAAGAAAACACUAUCAAUAAAAUAAUAGUAUGAAUCUUUAAUAGCUAAGCACCAGCUUCAAGAAACGGCUUUUCACAUUAUAUAAGUUCUUGAACAGGUCGUCUAAUCAAAGCUUAACAUAAAGAAAAUAUUUUCUUCUUCCAAGUAAAUUUGUGUGCGACUUUGGUGAGGAUAUGGGUCAUUGCUUCUCGUUGCCUUCUUCUUCAUCAGAGAUUCAUGAGGAAAAUGAACACGGUGAUGGAAAUGCGGUGGUGUGUUAUGGAGAUGAGUUCGGUUUAGAUCACUACCGUCCGGUUCAUCGACCCGGUUCUGUCUGCUCUAUACAAGGAACCAAAGCGAUUAACCAAGAUAAUGCUAUUCUUUAUCUGGGAUAUGGAACGGAGGAAGCAGAGCUAUGUGGAGUGUUUGAUGGACACGGGAAAAAUGGGCACAUGGUGAGUAAAAUGGCGAGGAAUAGAUUACCAUCACUUCUGUUAACACUAAAGAAGGAGCUGAACGAAGAACCUCAUGCUUGUGAAGAAGAUGAAGCUCUCAAAUGGGAGAAAGCUUGUUUUAACGCAUUCAGACUCAUUGACAGAGAGCUUAUGCUCCAAGUCUUUAAUUGCUCUUUCAGUGGCUCUACAGCUGUUGUUGCUAUUACUCAGGGAGAUGACCUCAUGAUAGCUAACCUUGGUGAUUCAAGGGCAGUGUUGGGGACAAUGACUGAAGAUGGUGAGAUCUGCGCAGUUCAGUUAACAUCUGACCUAACACCUGAUGUCCCAAGUGAAGCAGAGAGGAUUAGGGCGUGCAGAGGUCGCGUUCACGCAAUGAAAGCAGAACCGUCCAGCCAAAGGGUGUGGCUGCCCAACCAAGACAUACCAGGAUUAGCCAUGUCAAGAGCUUUUGGAGAUUUCAGACUCAAAGACUACGGUGUUAUUGCGGUUCCAGAGGUCUCUCACCACCGAAUAACUUCUAAAGACCGAUUCCUUGUACUCGCUUCAGAUGGGGUCUGGGAUAUGCUUACCAAUGAUGAAGUUGUAUCACUAAUAUGGAAUUCCGGGAAAACCCAAGAUAUGGCCGCUAAACUUGUUGCAGAGGUGGCCGAAGCUACUUGGAAGAAGAAGCUUAAAUCUAAGAAGAUUGAUGAUAUUACAGUAAUAUGUCUUUUCUUACAGAACAAGGAACAACCAAGUUGCACUGCGGACGUGUGAAUCAUAAGAUACUACAGUAUGAUGGAUUGAUAGUCGAGGUACAUUCAUCGCACAUGCUGCCAAGCGCAAACCAAAGAAAAGUCCAAUAUAAACUCAUGAUGUAAAUGUUACUUAAAAUGGAAACUAUUUGUGGCCGGUUCAAAUAUUUGGAAGGCCUAAAGCAGAUAAGAUUUAAAUGUGUUAUUUUACUCUUUUUUUUAUAAAUGAGAAAAGUAUUCUAAUUCAUGUUAAAAUA